CCCCAGGAUUGUUAGUGACUUGUCUGAGUUGGAAGGUUUCCGACGCUUAAAAGUGGAUUUAUGUGGAAAUUGCAUUAAGAGAGUGACUUACUAGCAAGAGCCUUCUUAUAAAUACCUGCGCUGACUGAAAUAAAUAUCAAAAGAUAUUCAAACAUUUUUCAGUGGAUUGCAUUUGAAAGAUUAGUUUCUCAUUUUAUUUUAAAUGAGUUGCAGAUUUUUGAAUUGCCAUAAAUAAUGCUUCCGGAGAGUCCAAAUGUCUGAUGUUGGCAACAUAAAUUGCCAACUGAUAAAAUACAACAUAGUGAAUGAUUUGUCUCUCUAUAAUGAUAGCAUUUUUCUAUCUCUUUACCAUCUCAUGUGGAGGUGUCAUGUAGGAGGAGUUCUUUGAAACCAAACAAGUUACGAAUCUUCCCUUAUAAAAAAGGAAAUUGAGACCCGACAACUCACUGGAUCGCACCAUAAGAGGUUCGCAAUGCACAGCAGGUCCUGGCACAGACAGAUGCGUUGUCACGCGUAGGAGUCAAGAACCUUUCUCCAGCUUUUUUUAGCAGCCCCACUCCUCCCCCUCCCCUCACGCCUCCUCAGAGCAUCUUUAAUAAGACACAUGCUCCUGGGCUCGGGCGCUCACUCACACCAAACGCUCCUUGGCGAUCCCCCAACAGGCUGCCUGCUCCCCUGCUAGCCCCGCCGAGUCUUCAUGGGUUGAACCAACAGGAGUGCCACACUCUCCUCUCCUCCUUUUUUCCUCCUCUCCUCUCAUAUUCCAAGCAUCGCUCCUCCACUACACCGUCAACCAACCCCCCCCUACAUCACCGUUAUGGCUUGUGCCCCGCGCAUGUUUGGAUUUGCAGCCGCAGCAGCAUAAUCCUCCGCUGAAGGGAGUUGCGGACGCAGCAGCCCGGAGACAGUGAGAGACAGUGAGAGACAGGGUGAGAGAGAGACCCAGCGGACAGCAGCAGCGGAGGGAGGGAAGCAGCAGGGAGGAGCAGCAACAGCAGCAGCGGCGGCAGAGUGAUCCACCUGUCACAGAGUGAAAGGGGCCCCCCGCCUGAUCCGUCUGCCUGCAGGGGGGACCCCGCGUGGCCGGGCAGCACCAGGGACUAUGCAGCUGGGACUGGUGGCUCUGGUGAUGGUCUUUCUUGGAUCCAUGGGUCACAGCGACAGCGGCCUCAAGCUCUCCAAGGGACGGAGGCAGAGACGGAUUAGCACUGAGGGGCCACCAUCUUGCUCGAAUGGCUGUGAGCGAUGUUCCGAAUACAAUGGCUGUAUAAAAUGUAAGCCCAAACUCUUCAUUCUCCUGGAGCGCAACGACAUCCGCCAGAUAGGCGUGUGCCUCGCCUCGUGCCCACAGGGAUACUUCGGCAUGCGGACUCCCGAUACCAACAGAUGCAUCCAAUGUAAAAUAGAGAAUUGUGAGGAGUGUUUCAAUCGAAAUUUUUGCACAAAAUGCAAGGAGGGUUUAUAUUCACACAGAGGGCGAUGUUACCCCAGCUGCCCUGAAGGCCUCAGCACCACCAACGGGACCAUGGAGUGCGUAGAAUGUGAACUGGGCGAAUGGAGCCCAUGGGGUCCCUGUAUGAAGAAGAACAAGACUUGUGGCUUUAAGAAAGGCACACAGACCAGAGUGCAAGAGCUUCUUCAGGCCCCCAGCCCUGACACAGUCUCUGCAUCCUCCCCCCGGCCCUGUGCUCCACAGACUGAGAGACAGAAGUGCACAGUGCAGAGGACACCAUGUGGAAAAGCAGAUGGGAAUAAGAAUAAGGGCGAGCGACGCGACCAGCAGAGAAGGCGAGACAAAGAAAACGUCAGAGGCCAUGGCCACGAGGGCAAAGAGGGUGGCAAAGAGGGUGGCAAGAAGGGUGGCAAAGAGGGAGGAAAAGAAGGAGGCAGAGAGGGUGGCAAGGCAAGCGGCAGGAGGAAAAAGGGCCAAAACCAGGCCACCACCGCCCCUAGCCUUACCCCUAGCACUGUAACCUAGGCCUUAUACACGUUGGGACUUGGUGGGGACAAGGAGGAACAAAAACUAGGCAACACCCACCUGCAUUGGCCAUUAUUAAGAGACAGACAGUGGACAGAGGAGACCACAAUAUCAAACUGAUGAAGAAAAGGAUUAAUGCUGCUAUGCAUUCUAGAAGAUGCUUUGAGAGAACUGGAGGAUUGCUGCAAUAAAUGAGGAACAGGACUUGGACUUAUCAAAUUUGGAGGGAAGAGGGUGGUUGGAAGGUACUUUGAGAGACAUGGAGGGUUCCAUUGUAAGCCUUGCAGUAGGGUCAACAUGUUUCAUUUCACCACUCCCAAGUUUAUCAUGGACUUGGCAGAUGGAGAUCCCAGUGGCUGAACAGUGGAAGACACUGAAUAUGAAUAUGAGCAUUUCAAGAUGGAGGCUUCACAAUGAUCAAGGAUCUCUUCAAUCCAUUAGAAUCCCUGAUGUGCUUUUUAAAAUCUAUUUUUCAUUGUUGACUUGCCUCAUGUUUUGUGAACGGUAACAAGUAGAUAUUUCUAAGGAGAUGUUGUAAGUGAUGUAGAGAAAAUGAACAGUAUUAAGACUCUUUAUAUUUUAAUUAUAUUUUAUGAUGAAACUAAAGAAAGGCACUGGAACAAAUUUGUGGUUUUGAAGGAAAAUACAUUUUAAUGAAUUGUUUUGGUUUGUAGAGAAUCCGCUCCAAAACAAACCAGCAACAAUAUAGAGAAAGUUUAUAUGGCUUUAGUUCAAAUCCUGAUCUGAUGUUAGACAAAGGUUACCCAUUUAAUAGCUUAGUUCUUAAUUUCAAAUAGAAUAAUGUUUUGGUAUCUUCAGCAUAAAAAGUUUAGGAUUGAAAACUGUGUGAGUUGUGUAUGUGUGUUGUGAGUGUAUGUGUGCGUGUGUCUGUAUGUUUACAAAAUUUCAACAAAAUGUUUUUGUGAAGUAGUGAUCACACAAGUGUAUGUAUAUUUGUGUGGGUGUGGGUAUAUUGUAUGUGUUUCUGCACGUAAGCUUAAUGUGUGUGUGUGUACAUAUCAAUCUGGUAGAAUGGGAAAUUUGAUAUAGAUGAUGAGAGAGACCAUUGUAAAGGCACAGUUAUAUAUCAACGCAUCAAUAAUUCCAUUAUCAUACGCCUCUGGUUACAUGUAAACCAUCUACAGCUGCUCAGUAAUCAUGUAUGUUUGCAACAGGGUCCGACAUAUUGCACAGCCUCUGUGUUCCUUAAUAUAAACAGCUCUGUCAGUGGAAAUAAUCAUUGCAUUAUACAACUACUGUCAGCCCGAUAUGACAGAGCAACUAAAGUUUUUGUACCGUUUGACACUCUAUGAGCAAUCAUUGUCAUGUUUUGUUUAGCUUUCCCUGGGUCUAUUUGCUUUACACAAAAAUAUUAGCUUCAUGAGAAGGUAUACGUUAAAUACGCGUUCAUAUUUUGGAUAGUGGUACUGAAAAUGUCAACAUCAGUAUAUCAUUGAUCAUAACGACAAUUAGUAUCAUUAUGAUAUCUUAUUACUUCUGUGAAAGCUUGAAUAAAAUUCAGAUGCAGUAAACAUAGCAGACACACUAGCAUGAUCAUUGUAUAUUUUACAGUAGUCGUUCUCCUCCUGUGCAAUCAAAUAUUAUUGUAAACUUUCCAUUUCCAUGUUUUCCAUUUCCUUUUUGUUCUCCGUGGUCUCUCAAUGGUUUUUCCUUGUCACACAUACAGUAGUUGGCCUGUAUAUGCCAUAGAUAUACAGUAUGGUAUCCUACAUGUAUACCAAUGAUCUGUAUUUGUGUACUGUACCAGUAAGUAUACAGUCACCAUAAUAAUUGACACACAUAUUAAGACUCCCUUUCACAGGCUCUUUACAUUUAUAAUGACAGCAAC